GUGUUCGUGGUCCCUCGGGUGAAAGAGAAAGCGGGAGCUGCGCGGAGAGGGAGCGAAGAGCGGGGCUGAGGCGGCGCCGUCACUACCCGGGGAGAGAAAAAACCCGACACCUCCGUCCCGCCGGGCUAGGCGGCCGCGGCGGCCCCGCCCCCAGAGCUGGCUCUCCGCGGCUGGAGGUAGAAGCCAUCCGGAACCCGAGGGAGCGGCGCCUCUGGCGAGUCGCCGGCCACCGCCCCCUCUCCCGGAGCGGCGUGAGUCGGAGAGUUGAAGGGUUAUCUGGUAUUUAUGUCUUAUUGAUAAUGGCAGAACAUCCACCGCUACUGGAUACAACUCAGAUUUUAAGUAGUGAUAUUUCUCUUCUGUCUGCUCCUAUUGUAAGUGCAGAUGGAACACAACAGGUUAUUCUGGUACAAGUUAACCCCGGGGAAGCAUUUACAAUAAGAAGAGAAGAUGGACAAUUUCAGUGCAUUACAGGUCCUGCUCAGGUUCCAAUGAUGUCCCCAAAUGGUUCUGUGCCUCCUAUUUAUGUGCCUCCUGGAUAUGCCCCACAGGUUAUUGAAGACAAUGGUGUUCGAAGAGUUGUUGUAGUUCCUCAGGCACCAGAGUUUCACCCUGGUGGUCACACAGUCAUCCAUCGUUCCCCACAUCCUCCCCUGCCUGGAUUCAUUCCUGUUCCAACCAUGAUGCCCCCUCCACCACGCCAUAUGUACUCACCAGUGACUGGAGCUGGAGACAUAGCAACACAGUACAUGCCACAGUAUCAGUCUUCACAAGUAUAUGGAGAUGUAGAUGCCCAUUCUACACAUGGAAGGUCCAACUUUAGAGAUGAAAGAUCUAGCAAGACAUAUGAACGUUUGCAGAAAAAAUUAAAAGAUCGCCAAGGAACACAAAAAGAUAAAAUGAGCAGUCCACCAUCAUCACCCCAAAAAUGUCCUUCUCCCAUAAAUGAGCAUAAUGGUCUUAUAAAAGGGCACAAUGCCAGUGGUAUAAACACAGGAUCAGCAAGAAAUAAAUCAGGGAGAGGGAAAUGUGGGACACAAGUUGAUAUAGAAAUAGAAGAAAAAGAUGAAGAAACUAAAGCAUUUGAAGCACUUCUUUCCAAUAUUGCUAAACCAGUGGCCUCAGACAUCCAGGCAAGAACCAUAGUACUGACCUGGUCAGCACCUUCCAUUUUCCUCAAUGGCGAAACAGAUGAGACUACUGUACCAGAGCUCUAUGGUUAUGAAAUUCUGGUCUCAAGUACUGGGAAAGAUGGGAAGUACAAGAGUGUUUAUGUAGGAGAAGAAACAAGUGUCACGUUAAAUGAUCUGAAACCAGCCACAGAUUACUACGCAAAAGUACAGGCAGAGUCCAAUUCUAUAAAGGGGACUCCUUCAGAAGCUGAAAACUUUACUACCUUGAGCUGUGAGCCUGAUGUACCUAAUCCACCAAGAAUAGCCAACCGGACCAAAAACUCACUCACCUUGCAAUGGAAGGCACCUAGUGACAAUGGUUCUAAAAUCCAAAGCUUUAUCUUAGAAUGGGAUGAGGGAAAAGGAAAUGGAGAGUUUUGUCAGUGUUAUGUUGGCUCACAGAAACAAUUUAAAAUUACUAAAUUGUCUCCGGCAAUGGGUUGUAAAUUUAGAUUAUCAGCCAAAAAUGACUACGGUUCAAGUGGCUUUAGUGAAGAAGUCUUAUAUUACACCUCAGGCUGUGCCCCGUCUAUGCCAGCAAGUCCUGUACUAGCUAAGGCUGGGGUUACUUGGCUGUCCUUACAGUGGAGUAAACCCUCAGGAACACCAUCAGAUGAAGGAAUUUCUUAUAUAUUAGAGAUGGAGGAAGAAAGUUCAGGAUAUGGUUUUAAGCCUAAAUAUGAUGGAGAAGAUCUUGCUUACACAGUGAAAAAUCUCAGACGUAGUACAAAGUAUAAAUUUAAGGUUAUUGCUUAUAACUCAGAAGGUAAAAGUAAUCCAAGUGAAGUAGUAGAGUUUGCUACCUGUCCUGAUAAACCAGGAGUACCUGUAAAGCCUUCAGUUAAAGGAAAGAUACAUUCACACAGUUUUAAAAUAACUUGGGAUCCACCAAAAGACAGUGGAGGGGCACCUAUCAAUAAGUAUGUAGUGGAGAUGGCAGAAGGUUCUAAUGGAAACAAAUGGGAUAUGAUCUACAGUGGUGCUACUAGGGAACAUCUUUGUGAUCGACUGAAUCCAGGCUGUUUCUAUCGUUUACGAGUUUACUGCAUUAGUGAUGGAGGACAGAGUGCGGUCUCUGAAUCUUUACUUGUGCAGACUCCAGCUGUGCCUCCUGGCCCAUGCCUCCCUCCCAGAUUACAGGGUAGACCCAAAGCAAAAGAAAUACAGUUGCGAUGGGGACCCCCUCUGGUUGAUGGUGGAUCGCCUAUUUCUUGUUAUGGAGUAGAAAUGUCUCCUACAGAAAGAGAUGAACCCAGAGAAGUUUACCAAGGUCCUGAAGUAGAAUGUACAGUGAGCAGCCUUCUUCCUGGAAAGACGUACAGCUUCAGAUUGCGUGCAGCUAACAAAAUGGGGUUUGGACCAUUUUCAGAAAAAUGUGAUUUUACGACAGCCCCUGGGCCACCAGAUCAAUGCAAGCCCCCUCAGGUGACAUGCAGAUCUGCAACUUGUGCACAAGUGAAUUGGGAGAGUCCUUCGAGUAAUGGAACUGAUAUAACUGAGUAUCGACUGGAGUGGGGAGGAGUUGAAGGAAGUAUGCAGAUAUGUUACUGUGGACCUGGCCUCAGUUAUGACUUAAAAGGACUUUCACCAGCAACUACCUAUUACUGCAGAGUCCAGGCUCUGAGUGUGGUGGGUGCAGGCCCAUUCAGUGAAGUAACAGCCUGUGUGACUCCACCGUCAGUUCCUGCCAUUGUGACUUGUCUUCAGGAAAUAAGUGAUGACUAUAUAGAAAGUCCCUAUUAUUCACCUUCUUCAUGCCUUGCAAUAAGCUGGGAAAAGCCUUGUGACCAUGGCUCAGAAAUCCUUGCCUACAGCAUUGAUUUUGGAGAUAAGCAGCCCUUAACAGUGGGAAAGAUGACAAGCUAUAUUAUAGACAAUCUGCAACCAGAUACAACAUACAGAAUACGAAUUCAAGCCUUGAAUAGCCUUGGAGCUGGUCCUUUCAGCCAUAUGAUAAAAUUGAAAACUAAACCCCUUCCUCCUGAUCCACCUCGUCUGGAAUGUGUUGCCUUUAACCACCAGAACCUUAAGCUGAAAUGGGGAGAAGGAAAUCCAAAGACAUUGUCAGCAGAUUCUGUUCAAUACCACCUUCAAAUGGCAGAUAAGAAUGGAAGGUUCAUAUCCUUGUACAGAGGACCGUGUCAUACGUACAAAGUACAAAGACUUACUGAGUCAACAUCCUAUAAAUUCUGUAUUCAAGCUUGUAAUGAAGCUGGGGAAGGUCCCCUCUCCCAAGAAUAUAUUUUCACCACUCCAAAAUCUGUCCCAGCUGUCUUGAAAGCCCCCAAAAUAGAGAAAGUAAAUGAUCACAUUUGUGAAAUUACAUGGGAAUGUUCACCACCAAUGAAAGGUGAUCCAGUUAUUUACAGUCUUCAAGUUAUGGUGGGAAAAGAUUCAGAUUUCAAACAGAUUUACAAAGGUCCCGACUCUUCAUUCCGGUAUUCCAGCCUUCAAGUGAACUGCGAAUAUCGCUUCCGCGUGUGUGCCAUUCGACAGUGCCAAGACCCUGUGGGGCACCAGGACCUAGUAGGCCCCUACAGCACCACAGUGCUCUUCAUCUCCCAGAGAACAGAAGCGCCAGCCAGCACCACCAGAGACACUGUGGACAGCACCCGGACCCGACGCGCACUUAGCGACGAGCAGUGUGCUGCAGUCAUCCUUGUGCUGUUUGCCUUCUUUUCCAUCUUCAUUGCCUUUAUCAUUCAGUACUUUGUAAUCAAGUGAAAGGAUAACCUUUUUUUUUAACACUGUAUUACCUUUUAUUUUGUCAUGUACUAAAAUUUCUCUGUUGCUUUUACAAAAACAGUGGCAUUUAACACUGGCAUUGAGACUAUAGCACAUCAUUUUUGCCAUUUCAGUGCUUGUAUCAGUUAGGUAGAGGCUGGCACUUUAUUAGAAUGCAAGCCACAGAAGUACCAAUUUGGGGAGGUUUUGUUUAUUUUUUGUUUAGGUUUUUUCUUUUCUCCUUUUUUAUUUUUAGGUCUUUUUACUUUAUUUUUCUUCCUUUUAUUUUUUCUUGGUUGACAUGCCUUCCGGUAGAACAACCUUCCUACAAGGCAACAAUUUAUAAUUAAUAUUUCAACCAGUUAGCAUGAGUGUAAUAGUAAUGGCUGGUCUUUUUGUUUCAAAGAUUAUUACCAAGUGAAAAUUUCAGAAUGACUAGAAUUUACACUAACAUGCUAUUUAAAAUGUUAAAGUCUGAUGCUGUGAAAGCAAUCUAGUGCUAUAUUUCUACCUCCUCAUUUGUCUUAAUUAUUUGGUAAGUGGGAUUAUGAUGAAUAACUGGAGGGGCUUAGCAAACAAACUGGAUGAAAGAAUUGGUGUAACAAAAAGAAGCUUCCUGUUUGGUUAAUGUGGAGUUCUUCAUGACCAUUAUACAUGAAUUCACAGAGAAGUCAUAGAACGCACGGGCAGUUUACUUGACCUAAAAAUAUUUUAAUGUUUACUCAAAAAGUACUGCUUCAGGUCUUGGGAACAUGGAAAAGAACCAAGGACUUUUAGAUAGUAACUUUUUAAAACAUAAUCAUAAAAACAAACUCAGUUUCAAGGUAUUUGGUGUCCAUUAUAUGAACUUUUGAACUAUGUUUAAGUGUAUAAGAGGAUACAUGUACCUAAGUGGCAUAUAUAAACUAUCAAGUACAGAAAUCCACAUAGUCACUUCAUCUCUCUGGUACAGGCCAAUUCUGAAGAACUCCCAUAAGUUUUGCUGCUUCUACUGUAACUACUGCCAUCACCAUCAGAAUUCAUAAUCAAACCUAAUCUUUUUGUUUGGGGCACCAGAUCUGAAGACAAAAUUAAUUUGCACCAGUAAACUUUAAGCUGCUUUCUUUCUUGAAAACUAGUGUUUAAUGUAUAAUGUCUGUUUGGAUACUGUUCCAAAUUGUUGAUUGCAUGUGGUUAAUGUUGCACUUUGCAAUUGCAUAAUUCAUUAAUGUUUUGUGAGCUUGCAUUUGUGAGUCAUUGGAUGAUCAGAUGAAUUUUGUCAAGUAUCACAUUGUACAUCUUGCCUAGAUGUCAAUGACUGCCAGUAAUAAUACAGUUUGUAAUGAAAUUAUCUUAAAAUUCCUGUAUCACAUCUGUUAUCUGUAAAACACCUGUAACUAGCUUUCUUAAUUUAUUAUUUGAAUUUUAGGAUAGUGAAUCACUAAUUUUUAGUUGCUGAGGUUAGCAUUUUAGUGGUUACUAAGCACUUCUGUCAGUCUUUGAGGAAAGGAACAUUGUUUUGUGCUUUGAAGAUCUCUGAAGAAUUUCUCUUACAGUAGAUGGGCAUGUAUUGUAAUUGUUUUCUGUCAAAUGAUCUGUGCUGUGGAAAAAAAUAUUAACUUUUGUUAAAAAAAGAAGUGGAUAAAUUUGGCCUUUCCGAGUGGUAAGAAUGAUCUGUCACUAUAAUACACUAUAUGUUUACAUUUUAUUUAAUCUCUCCCAUGUGUAGAGUGAAAACUUGCCCCAAAACAACAUCAAUUGCAAUUGUUUUCUAAUAACUUCUUAAAAGUGCCACAUUUGGCAGUACAAAUGAGUUUGAGUGUAAGAGCCCAGAGAUUUCUAUAUAGUUGAAUGUCUAAAAUGGUAAAAAUGUGCCACUGUGGCAAGUUACCAGUGGCUUAUGUUUUUCAUAGUAAUUCAAAUGAAUUCCUAUUUUUGAUAGUAAAUGUCAUUUAAUAGUGUACUUUCCAUUGGAGCCUCACUGCAGAAUAAGUGCAGCAGAGAAAACAAUUUUUAAUGUAAUUCUUGAUUUUACCUCAUAUACUGUACAUUCCAAAAACUCUAAACUUUUUAAAGAUUAUAGAUACACUACCAAACAUAUCACUUUAAAAUUGUAUACGGCUGAACUUCAUACAAAUGGAAAAAGUAUAAUCUCAUUAAAAUACAUAUACUGUGUAGCAAAGUAUCUUUAAAAUCCAUGGAAAAUAAAAGUUGUAUCAUUCUUUUUUGAGA